UCAGAGGACGAACGUGUUUCUCAUACUUCUGGUUUGUUGCUCUGAAACUGCGCGAUGCUUUUGGAUUAUUGGUAUUUUUCCAGAUUGAGUUUGCUCCUCGUAGUUGAGAUUUGAACUGGGACAGGGGUCAGAGGUCACCCUGAGUUACUCUCCUGAUUCAACCCCAGGUCCAUGAGCAUGUUCUCCUCUCGAGUGAGGAGUGCACAGAGGCUGCUGCAGUACAGACACACAGCGGGGGGUCCUCCUUCAUCUGGAAGAGCCUUCUCCUCCAGGCUGGUGCUGGGCAUUGAGACGAGCUGUGACGACACCGGAGCGGCUGUGCUGGAUGAGACCGGUUCGAUCCUGGGAGAGUCUCUCCAUUCCCAGAAAGAAGUUCAUCUGAGGGCUGGAGGCAUCAUCCCCACAGUGGCACAGCACCUCCACAGGGAGAACAUCGAGCGUGUGGUCCAGGAGGCUCUGGAGAGAAGCGGAGUGCACCCGAGCCAGCUCGCGGCCGUGGCCACCACGGUGAAGCCGGGCCUGGCCCUGAGCCUGGGCAUCGGCCUCGAGUUCAGUCAGAGGUUCGUGCGGCAACACAACAAGCCGUUCAUCCCCAUCCACCACAUGGAGGCCCACGCCCUCACCGUCAGGAUGCUCCAUCCCGUGGCCUUCCCCUUCCUGGUGCUGCUCGUCUCCGGGGGCCACUCACUUCUCGCCAUGGCCCGAGGGGUGGACGACUUCCUGCUCCUGGGUCACACGCUGGACGAAGCUCCAGGGGAUAUACUGGACAAAGUGGCGAGACGCUUGUCCCUCAUCAAACACCCACAGUGCUCCACCCUGAGUGGAGGACAGGCCAUCGAGCUGCUGGCUAAGAAUGGGGACAGGAGGAGGUUCCCCUUCAGGACACCCAUGGGUCAAACUCAUGACUGCUGCUUCUCUUUUGCUGGACUACGGAAUCAAGUCACAAUGACGAUACUAAAGAAAGAGAAAGAGGAAGGAGUAGAACAGGGGUCACUGCUGUCGUGUGUGAACGACCUUGCAGCCGCCACGCAGCACACGGUCGCCUCUCAUCUCGCCAAGCGAACACAUCGGGCCAUCUUGUUCUGUAAGGACAACGGCCUGCUGCCACCCAGCACUCCAACUUUAGUGCUGUCUGGAGGAGUUGCAAGCAACCAGUAUAUCCGCAAGGCUCUGACCAUCAUCACUGAGACGACAGGACUGAGCCUGCUCUGUCCUCCGGCCAAAUUCUGCACCGACAACGGAGUGAUGAUUGCAUGGAACGGUGUUGAACGUCUGAGGGAAAUUAAAGGAAUACUGCCUCCACAUGUGGACGUCCGCUACGAGCCCAAGGCGCCGCUGGGUGUCGAUAUGUCAGCGGAGGUGAGGGCAGCGGGGAUCAAGCUGCCGUCCGUCCAACUCAAGAUCCUCAACUGACAAGACUGUUGUUUUUGUCCUGUACAAAUAAUACGUUUUUAACACCUGGAUUUCCCCCCAGUUCAAAGUAUAUACUGUGUAUAUUUUGUAUAUGUAUACAGCACACAGAUAUUUAUUAAUAAAUGAGGUUGUUAUAGAUCUCAGAUCUUUCAUUUUUAUUUAUUUUUUGGGAGAUUAGAGACAUUGAAAUUGCUGGUUGUGCUCUUCUAUCAACAGAGACAUUCAGAUUUUACACAUUGUUGAUUAAUCCUCAGCUCAGAGUAAAACACAAAAGUCUUACACUGGAAAGUUUAAAAACAAAUCUGGAGCUUUAGGCCCAUGAGACUGAUCUAUGAAAAAUGGUUUCUCAUGGUCUUAUGUUUUUGCCCUGAUGUAUCAUCAUGUUGUAGAUCAUGUGAAGUUUAUGAGUCAGCAUGACUGUACUGCAGCUGAUACUAACAAACUGGAAUAGAUGUGAUUUAAAUAUCUGAAUGUGUUUUAACAGCAUUUGAAUAAAAAUGAGGCAACAAUCCUCGAUCAAUUAA